AUAAUCUGCCGGAUCAGAAGACGAGAAAUAUUUCUGGAUUUCGCGCCGAGUAAAAAGCAGAAUGGGUUGGGUGUGGAUAGAUGAACCGGGAGACGAUGCCGGCGGCGCCGCCGAAUCGAAAGCUAGCGAUGGCGGGCAGUGCUCCACCAGGACGAUGGUGAGGUCGCAGUGCAAGACAGAGGAGGUCGAGCCUGGAAAAUUCGUCCGGAAGUGCGAGAAGACUGAGGAGAUUCUCAGAGAUUGCAUCGGAAGGCCUACUGAAGUGCUGAAAUCCAAUACAGAGUACACUGAGGAAGAUGUCACAGAAGAAGUGGUAAAAGGUCGAUUUGCCUCAGAAUCACAUGGUGAAGGUCCAUUUACCUUCCCUGGGCUUCACAAUGACAUUGAGUCCAUUGAACGUCACUUCUUUGGUGGGAUCAACAGUCUCUUUGAAGCUGCUGAGGAGAUGAGGAAGAGUAUCUUUGAUGCUUUUGGGGAACCACAUGAUAGAGAAUGGGCAUCCUCACCAUCCUUCAGCCGUGGAGUACCCAUUGAAGAUCAUCCUGAGAUUGAAGUUUCUCCUAAACCAGAAGAGCCUGGCAAGAUUGAUCUUGCUGGUUUGGCUAAAGAUGUUUGAACUUUACCUGCUCAACAUUUAAGAAACUUCAUUUUGUCUCCCCUGUAAGGUUUACUGCCUUUUUGGUUUUUAAAUCUUCCGUUUAUUAUCAUAAUAGAAAACAAUAGGUGCAACGCUAGGAAGCUGUGAUCUUUUACAAUCUUCAAGCUGGUGGAUGCUUUCGGUAUUGGUAUAAGCUAGCAAUGGGUGGUAGGUAGCAUGUUUUGCUUUGAACUUAAAAAGGUUUUAGUGGACCUCAUUGCUGGGUGGAAUGUCAUGAACUUCCAAUUCUUA